AUGGGAUGUGGAUCUGCUAAACCAAGUGAAGUAAAAGAAACAGAAUAAAUAAAAUCCUCUAAAAUUCAUUCAAGAACUCCCAGCUCAGUUUCAUUAGGCCAGACUGAAAUCGCUAAAUUAUACAGAAGAGGUUUUUCCAGUGUAAUAUUACUUAGCCAAUUACCUCAUUAAAAAUGAGAAGUAUGAAUAAGCGACAAAGUUGUUAGAUCGAAUUUUAGAAACCGAUCCUGAUUUCAAUGAUGCUUAUUAUUCUAAAGGUAAAUUAUUGACUUUUCGUAGGUAUUGUUGAAUUGGAUAAAAGGAACUUUGAAGGCGCAAAAAAAUUUUUCUAACUUACUCUCGAUAAAUAACCAAAUCAUGCCCUUUCUCUCAAUGAAAUAGGUUUACACUCAUAUUUUAUAGAUUAGCUAGCUUAAUGAUUAAUGAGAAAUAAUAUAAAGAAGCCUUGAUUUAUUUAGAGAAAGGAUUUCAGGCUAAUCCUAAUAUACCAGACUUAAAUUAUGGUUUAGGUAUGUUUUAAUCAAAUUUUGAGGUUAUGUUUUAUCAAGAUUAGAACGAAAAGAUGAGGCCAUUCGUUAUUUUGAUAUGGCGAUAUAAUUAGACAAUACCUAAAAACAUUAUUAUGUUAGUAAAGCAACUACUCUUUCAGAUUUAAAAUAAUUUGAUAUCGCUUUAAAUACCAUAUAAAAUGCCUUAAAAAUUGAUUAAAAUUAUAUUGAUGGGUAUUAGACAUAAGGUUAAUUAAUAUUUACAUUAUUCAGCAUACAUAUAUCGUUAAUCAUAACAAUAUGAUAAACUAGAAGAAGUUUGUGAUUAAAUUCUAAAAUUAAAUGACUAAAAUUAAUUCGCAUUAAAUUGCAAAAGAAAAAUUCAAUAAAAUUCUUAAAAGUAAUCAAAAAUUCCAGAAGUUUUAAUGAGUGUCGAGGAUUAAAUAAGAGAAGGUAUAAUCAAAUACUAAGAUUUUAGUUUAGAAGUUACAAGGAGAAAAAAAGUACUCUUAAGCGUUGAGUCAUUUAAAUUAAAUUUUGGAAAAGAAUCCUGCUCAUUUAUAUACUUUAAAAUUAAAAGCUUAAAUAUAAAUUGAAUUAAAAUAAUAAGCAGGCUCUCUUGUAACAUUGAAUUAAAUUCUCAGUAUUAAAUCAAAUGAUAUUGAUUCAUUAAAAUAAAAGGGUAUAAGAAUUAAUCUUAACUAAAUAUAGUGAAAAUUUUAGAAUAUAUGAACAAAAAUGAAGAAGUCUUGAUUUGCUACGAUGAAAUACUUGCUUAAGAAAAAGACUUUGAUUUAUUGGAAAAGAAAGGUCAAUUUUUGUAUUAUAUAUUUUAGCCUCUAUUUUGAUUAAGUUUGAUAGAAUUUAAGAAGCAUCUGAGAUUUAUGAAUAUUUAUAUUCUUAAUCAAAUUAGGAUGAUCCAAAGAUAUUUAUUAUUAGAGGUAUGUAAAAUUUAAUAUUCAGGUAAGUUACUUUAGGCAUAGAAAAAAUAUGAUGAUGCCAUUAUUUGUUUGAAUGAUGGAAUUAUUAAAUUUCCUUAAAAUAUAGAAAUUUUAAAUUUGUUAGCAUUAAUUUAUAAAAUUACAAAGAAUGUGUAAUAAGCUUUAGAAACUUAUGAUAAGAUUUUGAAUAUUCAACCUUAAAAUGAGAAUUGCUUAUAUGAAAAAGGUUUAAAUUAAUAUAAUUAAUUAGGUUUGAUAUUGUUUAAUUUAAAUAAUUUUAGUGAAUCAUUUGAUAUGUUUAUUUAGUUGAACAAAAGCGAAUAAGCAUAAAAUUUAGAUUAUUAUCUUGGAAUAUGUUACAACGAAAAAAAGGAUUAUUUCAAUGCAUUAAAUCACUUAAAUAUCUAUGUCAAAACAGGAAAAGACAAUUUAGAGAAGGUAUAUUACAUUGUAAUCAUUUCAAAAUAAUAUAGAUGGGAUUAGCUAAUCUAUUUUUAUUGAAGUUUGAUGAGGCUAUUGAAAAUUAUUUAAAUUGCAUUAAAAUUAAUCCUAAUAAUGCUGAAGCACAUUAUUAACUUGGAAAUGUAUACAAAUAAGAUAAAUUAUUGGAUGAAGCCAAAAAUUCUUUUGAAGAAGCAGUGAAAAUCUAACCUCAAAAUAAUUUAUAUAAAUAAGCAUUAGGUAAUUAUAAUAUUAAUUGUUUUUAGACAAUUUAAUAAAUGAAAAAUCAUUUCUAUAAGAAUAUAGAAAUAGUCUUCUUUUUACGCUGAUAAUAUUUAUUGGAUGUUGUUAGUUAGACCCAAAAUCUUAAGAUUUUGAGAAAAAGUAAAAUGAAAAAUAUUUAACUCUAUUGACAUUGAUGGAAGCUCAUUUAAAAAAAAGAUUCAACACUUUAGAGAAACAUUUCGAAUAAAUAAAAUAAUUAAUUGGAUUAUCAUAUGAUAUGAAGCUAACUUUAAUUGAUGAUACAUUGUUUCCUAUUAUGUAAUUUUGGCAUAAUCAAAAAAUUUGUAAAAGAAAAAAAGACAAUAAUGAUUUGGUUGUUUCAAUGAUAAAUGCUGUCAAAUCAAUUAUUAAUUCAAAUAACGAAAAGAUUUUAAAUUUGAUUCAAGGUGAGAAAUCCUUAGAUAAUCGAUAUUGUCUUGAAUUUUUAUAGAAAUGUCAACAUGAAUCAUAUUAAAAGAAAAGUGGUAAAUUAGGGUUGUUAGAUGGAAUAAAAAUACUUGGUUUUUUAAUUAAAUAUCAAAAAGAAUUCACUUCUGAUACACAGAGUUUCCCUGAAUUCAUUGCAAAUAAAUACUUAGUUGAUGAAAUACAAAUAUUUCAUGACUCAUAUUAUCAUUAAAACGUUUGAUU